CAUGCAACAUCUCAAACAAACAACCACAAUACAAAUUCUUCCUCCUCCCAAUCCUUUUCUGCAAUUCAAUAAAUGGGAUGAAGCAAGACAGAUGAUGUCUGACCAUUCAUCAGGUUCCAACAGCGAAAUAGAGUUCCAGACUCGGAGUGACUACAUGCUUCAUUCUCCAUCGCUUUGGGCAUCAAAAGAUCAAGCUUACUACCAUCCAUCUCCAAGAUCACGCCUUAAGGCCAUAGUGGAUGGCCAGAGAAAGCUGAUGGAGAUGAUUCAAAACAUGCCCGACGACUCAUCCCUUGAGCUGUCACUGAAAGACAUUGUUCUUGACAAUCAUCAAGGAACAGGGAAGGUGGGAGUAGAGGAUACAAGCAAGGUGAAAGAUAAGAAGAUCAAACCAACCUUCAAGCAUGCUAAAAUAUCACCAAGUGAAAGCAUGGAUAGUGGAGUUUUCUUACUCAAGAUGUUUGUCCCCCUCUCCCUAUACACUAAGACCAAAUCAAAAACAAAGACUUGCUCAUCUAAACAAACGGAGAAACCUGCUGCAACUAAGGAUUGGUGGAAAAUGAUCUAUCUACAUAUCAAACACAACUCAUACAGCAGAAGCAUCAAACGAAGCUUCAGCAGCAUAAGCAUCAAAGAAAGCAUUAGUAGGGGCAGUGAAAGCAGGUUGGUUGAAAGCAGCUCCCUACUGGAUGAACCAUCUUUUGACAGUAGGCGAUAUACAUCAAAGAACCAAAGAGGUUGCCUCUUUUAAUCGGCAACUGCAUAUCAUGAAACAUGAAGGAUCACCGCAACUAGCUAUAUGAAUAGUGAAAAUAAAGGAGCCUAUUUUAGUACAGCGCACUAGCAAUUUCUAUGUUCACCAAGUUCAUGUAUUUAGCGCAUUAAAGUUAGCUAGGAAUCUAGUAUUUUGAAGGUGAUACGAUAUAGGCAUGACUGCCUCUUAUGAUUAAGCCGCGUGAUCCAUUAUUAUUAAUUAGUAAUUAUUGAUCAUCUCAGAAGUAGAUGGAGAUUGUUCUGUCAUUUGUAAGCUUCUCAGAAACAAUCUGCAACAGGUAGGCUCUCUGCUCAUAAACCAGAUUUUAUCAAUCAAUGUAAUUGAUCAAGUGCGAAUGGUAGAAAAAGAAAGCAUUAUCUACA